AUGUCCGACAACGCAGCCGACAGUCCUUUGUCCACUGUCAGUAAUGUUGUUGGCCUGUUUACGUUCACCCUUGGACUUCUCACACUCGUUGUCACAUUCUUGUCCAUCACGCACAGCGCGGAAAAGGAAAUGGGCGACAUAGAUGGGAAAUUGAAGGCAAGAAAAGAUCACAUACAGCACAUAAAAGUCUACUUUGACAGACUCGAGAGAGAAGCGCAUCGAGAUUGGGAAGGGAGUUCAAUCAGGGGCAACUUUCUGAUGACCCUUGACACAAUCAAGCAGCACCACCGAACAGCAACAGCUGAACUUCAGAAAAACAGCAAAAGCCACCACUGGUGGUGGUAUUAUCGGCCUGACGUGAUGGGUGCUGUGGAAGCGAUGGAGACACAGUUCCAACACCUCAACACCAUCCAACUUACAUUCCUUCUCAUCACCACGAGAAGCCAAGAGGAUAACAUAAGCGAGAUCGAAGCAACCCUCAACAAAGUGAAGCGAGAACUCAGAAAACUCUCAGAUUCUUCGAGCACCACAACCAGCUCCUCCCGCUAA